CGGACCUGAUUCGCGCAGUGACGAUGAUGCGACCGGAGCCGAUCGAGACGCCCGCCGCCUUUACGACGGGCCCGGCGAUGACACCUGUGGCCGGCGCCAAGGACGUCUUCGAGGACUCGGAGCUGCUCAAGGCCUCGGAGAAGAACACGGCGGACGAUGACGCCGGCAUCGACGACAUUGAGCUCGCGAGCACCAAGAGCUCGACCAAGAGCGACGCCGAGCUCAUUGGCAAGGACGCGCCUGUCGAAAAGGAAAACAAGAAAGAAAAGUACGAAAAGGCCGGUGGCGGCCAUGGGCGCAAGCUCCUCGCAGUGCUUGCGACGCUGCUCGUGACGUCAGGGGUUGUCGUCGCCGUCCUCAACCCGGACCAGGUGUCGAAAGCCUGGGCGACGGUCACGGGGGCCAAGAAUGACAACACGACCAGCCCGACGCUUCUGGAGGGCAACGUGUCCUCGAACGCAACCCACGGCUUUGUGUCUCUCCCCCCGACGACGGUCCCGACGCACGCACCGACGCAUGCGCCGACGCUCUCGGAUGUGGUGACGUCAACCCCGUCGACUGCUGCCCCGUCGACGACCAAGCCGACGACUGUGGCGCCCACGCCUAGUGUAUCAUCUAAUUCGUCCUCGAUCAUCGUAUUGCCUGCUGCCAAGACCGAUGCGCCGGUGCAUACCACCCCGACAGUAACAACAGUGACGCCCAAGCCCACGACAGAGACGCCCAAGCCAACGACUGUCACGCCCAAGCCGACAACCGAAACCCCGAAGCCGACGACUGAGACGCCCAAGCCGACGACAGAGACGCCCAAGCCGACGACAGAGACGCCCAAGCCGACAACAAAGACACCAGCGCCUACGUCUGCGUCGACAACGACCCAGGAGGUCGCUGGGCAUAUCUUUGUGGUCCCGACGAACAGCUCGUCGACCGACGCGUCGAAGAACGCGACCGCGCCGCACGAUUCCGUUUGGGGGCCGAAGGAAGGCUCGUCUAGCAGCAACUCCAAUACGUCCGAGCCUACCUCCGUGCCGUCGCGUUGGAGCCACCCGUGAACGUGGUGACGAGGCUGUCCUGUAUAUAAACCUCGUUAUAAUUGCCGUAGAGAAUGCAAAUGGAGCCCUCUUGUUGGAGACCAAACUUA